GAAGGUCUAGGAUCGAAGAUUGGUCUUUGGCGUUUGGAGUGUCUAACGUCUUCGUAGCUUAGUGGUUGUGUCACUUCUGCUGACGAGGGGCACGGACGCGUAACAGGUGCAUACAAAGUCGUUCUGCGGUCUGUCAGAUGGCCAAUUUGAGCAAGUACCUGACACGGCAGAACGCCGUCGGCGCCGCCUCCGUCUCGGUCGUCGCGUUCCUCCUCGCUAAAAAGAUUUCCAAGGGUGGGAGGAAACCAGUCAGGCAAAAACCGCCUCCUCCUGAAGUGGAAUAUGUCAUUGGCGAGAAAACGUCAGAGGUGAAGGUGAAAGCGCACGUCGACCGCAAUUUCUUCAGACAGCUGUGUCGCCUGCUGAAGAUUGGCGUGCCUGGCUUGUUCACAGCCGAGGCUGGAUUCCUAUUCCUCGUCGCAGCAUGCCUGGGUGCCAGGACACUCUGCGACAUCUGGAUGAUACGCAAUGCGACCGCAAUCGAAAAUGCGAUCGUCACUAUGGACAAGGAAAAAUUCAAGAGGUUCCUAUUCCAAUUUUUCACCGCGAUGCCUAUGAUCGCUUUUGUAAAUAAUCUUUUAAAAUGGGGCCUCGGGGAGCUGAAAAUAAGGCUCAGGACGAGGAUAACGCACUAUCUCUACGACCAGUAUCUAAAAGGCUUCACGUACUACAAAAUGUCCAACCUCGAUAACAGGAUAGCCAAUGCCGACCAGCUUCUGACGACGGACGUCGACAAGUUUUGCGACAUGGUCACUGACUUCUAUUCGAACAUGUGCAAGCCGUUGCUUGACAUGGCGAUUUACGUGUACAGGCUAACGACCAACCUAGGAGGCCAGGUUCCAUCUAUAAUGCUUGGCUACUUUUUAUUCGGCGGGACACUUCUCACAUACUUGCGCCGUCCUGCUGGUCGGAUGACGGUCCAAGAGCAGAAGCUGGAGGGCGAGUACCGGUACAUCAACUCACGUCUCAUUACCCACUCGGAAGAGAUCGCCUUCUACGGCGGAAACAACAGGGAGAAACUCACCGUGCUCGCAUCGUUCCAAAAACUCAUCUCACAUAUGAGGAAGUUCCUGGAAUUCCGCGUUCUAAUGGGCACCUUGGACAACAUCCUAGGAAAAUAUUUUGGAACUGUAAUCGGUUUCUUGGCCGUGAGCAUGCCAUUCAUGAACACCCAGCAUCACCUCCUCUCGUCAAAAUCUAAAGAAGGCCGUUUUAUGGAAUAUUACACAAUGGGAAGAAUGAUGGUCAAAAUGGCUGAAUCAGUCGGCCGGAUGGUCCUGGCGCUGAGGGACCUGAACCGCCUCGCAGGACUGACAUCGCGAGUCAGCCAGCUCUCAACGGUCCUCGAUGACAUCAACAACGGGAAGUACCAGCGUACAAUGAUUACAGACGGGCUCCAAUUCGGUAACGGGAAAGUCGUCUAUCAGGAUAGGACGAUACGAUUUGAAAAAGUGCCACUCAUCACGCCCAAUGGUGAUGUGCUCGUCAAAGAGCUCAAUUUCGAAGUCAAGUCAGGCAUGAACGUCCUCGUCUGUGGGCCGAACGGCUGCGGGAAGAGCUCACUCUUUAGAGUCCUCGGGGAGCUUUGGCCACUUUUUGGUGGUACGCUGACCAAACCAAACAAAUCCAAGCUGUUCUAUAUACCGCAGAGGCCUUACAUGUGCUUGGGCACGCUGAGAGACCAGGUGAUAUAUCCACAUACGAAAGAGGAGAUGAAAAGACGAGGGAAGAAUGACAUCCUGCUCACGAAACACCUAGAACAAGUGCAACUGUCAUACCUCCUCCAGAGGGAAGGAGGAUGGGACUCGAUAGCCGACUGGAUCGACAUUCUAUCAGGUGGCGAGAAACAGAGGAUUGCGAUGGCCAGGCUUUUCUACCAUUCACCACAGUUUGCAAUCCUCGACGAGUGCACGAGCGCUGUGAGCGUCGAUGUCGAAGGUUCCAUGUACCAGUACUGCCGAGAAGUUGGGAUUACGCUUUUCACCGUAUCGCACAGGAAGUCACUUUGGAAACAUCAUGAUUAUUAUUUGCUGAUGGACGGACGGGGAUCGUUCGAUUUCAAACCAAUCGAGCCAGAGACGGAGGAAUUUGGCUCGUAAACCCCGAAAAAGGUGUAAGUUUUUUAAAUUGCUCAAAGACAGGUUAGAAAAAACAAUUAUAUAAUCGAUGAACUUUUUUAUUUCUUAACAAUCGUUAACCAUUCGUCCUUUAAAAAAAAGGAAGUUAAAAUCAAAACUUUACCAAGGAAAAAAUAUAUAUAAAUUUAUAUUUUUUAAAAUUUCUGUGAUCGUCUUUUAAAUCCGAUUAAAAUCUAGAUAUAUUUUUUAGAAGGGAAAAAAAUGUUUUAUUAUUAACUACCCAACCUCUAUAUUUACCCAGUGGUUGGUUUUUUUAAAUGAAUUGUUAUUGAUUUCUAUAGGGUGUAUAAAAUGUUAAAAUUUUUACGCAAAAAAAAGAUGUUAUGUUUGUAUAAUAGGGUGGUGUCAUGGGGUAAAAAAAUAGAUAAAAUAACAUCAUAUGUGAUAAAAUAAAAAAUG